GCGGACAAUGUCAUGCCUUUUGGUAUUCAUUAGUGACAUCUUCAAUGCCAUUCCACAUAAAACAGACAGUGAUAGUGGAUUCCGUUUUGAGCUAGAACUUAAUGAUUCACCAAGUGUAGAGUUUCAAAAUGUCAGAAUUUGCGGCACCAUAGUGGAAACAAAAGUAUCACCUAUUCCUGAUGAAUAUCAAGUUUUCGACACAGAACAGGAGUCCAUCGUCCCUACCGAGUUUACUAUAGACGAUGGAACCGCCACCAUUAGCAUUAUUUGUCCUCCCCGAAUUCGAAACCGAGGGGACGCUGAACUCCUUAAAGUAGGCAGUAUAGUCACCGUAAUUGGAAGGACACAAAUUCAAAAUGGUUGCAGAUUAGUGCACUGUAUAGGAUUUAAUAUCCAUGCUGAUCCUACUCAAGAAGUCGUACAUUCUCUGCGGGUCAUGCAGAUGAGAAAAUUCCAUUACAAAUCGGUAAAGAAAGAUCACAUUUUUGCAAGCCAAGUGUCGGCUUCAUCUCAAAGCUGUUCGCUUCGCCGGCGAGGUGUUCAGGUCAUGCCAAUUGCAUCUCCUGCUAAGCCUCAAGACAUGGAUAGGAGUCUUACAGAACUCGGGUCUAAAAGAAAAGAACCUGCCACCGAUGAAAACUACGAUGACUCGUUCUUGGUGACGGAAGAAUUGGAUACUUUGAUGAAUCAAAUCGACAAGAAGCCAAAACUCGAACCUAGCAGUGCUAUCUCCGAAGAUUAUAACUUUGGCUACAGCUCGCAGGGACUACUUCCAGUCGGCAAAGAUAUAACUCAACAAAUAAUGAAUAUGAUAAAGGAAGAUGGCGCCACUCUGAAAGACUUUGUUCUGGCAGGUCUGGAUUUUGAGCAGGUCGAGGACUUGCUCGCUUAUUUGCUCAACACCGGUCAAAUCUACGAAAGGGAGGGCCGCUAUCACUUACUUUAGUACUCCCCAACCCAUCUCAUUGCCUAAUGAACUUGCGCAACAUUCAGCCACUGUACAUAAGUAUGACUCUACAGGUUUCUUUA